AUGCAGAUGUAUUUGCACCAGGUGGUGUCCGGACCAACCCACAACCAAGAAGUUGUGUUUAAGUCUACUCCCCCUAUAGAGUUUGGUAGGACGGUUGCUUUUGAUUAUACUCUACUUGAUGCACCUGCACCGGACGCCAAAAUUAUUGGUCGUGCCAAAGGAACCCAUGUCCAGGCUGACCAGGUCAAUGCUGGAGAUUUCUCCCAUUUCAGUAUGAUAUUCCAGCAGGGAAGGUUUACUCGUUCAACAUUUCAAGUGAUGGGGAUGACUCCUCCAAAUGGAGUUUGGGCAAUUGUUGGCGGGACCAAUGAACUAGCAAUGGCGCAAGGUACCAUCCAGUUUGCCAUAGUCAAAGGGACUGCAAACGUGGAGAGCUAUCGAGAACUUAAUAUUACUGCCUUCAUCCCAGCAGCUAGCAUUGCAACUGGUAGCUUCGUCCAAUACUUUGACAUUUAA